UCAGCCUCACUGCUGUUUUCUUUCGUUCCGUUUAGUUCUAUUCAAAACCUUAAUUUAAUAAAUUUCAUUCUCAGCUUUCAAUAGAGGGAGAGGGAGAUAAUGGAGCAGCACGAAGAGCAAGAGCACGAGGUGUACGGAGGGGAGAUUCCCGAUGAGGAAGGAGAGAUGGACGCCGGCGUGGGAAUGUCUGGUGGAGCUGAAGAUUACCGAGGCAAUGACCAUGAUGUUCAACUUGAUCCUAAUUCCAACUCCAAGGAUUUGGAGAACGUGAAAAAGAGACUUAAGGAGAUUGAGGAUGAGGCCGGAGCUUUACGCGAAAUGCAAGCUAAAGUCGAGAAGGAUAUGGGCGCCGUCCAAGAUUCAGCAGAUACUUCUGCAACCCAAGCUGAAAAGGAGGAAGCUGAUUCCCGCUCGAUUUAUGUUGGUAAUGUAGACUACACAUGUACACCCGAGGAAGUUCAACAGCAUUUCCAAUCCUGUGGAACGGUUAACAGAGUGACAAUUUUGACAGACAAGUUUGGUCAACCUAAAGGAUUUGCCUAUGUUGAAUUUGUUGAAACUGAUGCUGUUCAAAAUGCCCUGCUUUUAAAUGAAUCGGAAUUGCAUGGUCGUCAAUUGAAGGUCUCUGCAAAACGAACAAAUGUUCCUGGAAUGAAACAGUACCGAGGAAGGCAACCCAACCCAUACUUCCGCUCCCGAAGGCCUUUUAUGCCUGGUCCUGUUUUCUAUCCUCCGUAUAGCUAUGGGAGGGUUCCAAGGUUCAGGCGGCCAACGAGAUACAGGCCAUAUUAGGAUGGAUCUCACGUUGUCAAAAGUAGCAGAUUUUGGGAAGGCCAUUACUAAUGGAUUACGAGGAUUGUAACACGAAUGAAGAAAGUCGAACUGAGUUUUGCUUGCCGAAGGCCGGCAGGCAGGCUUUUUUUUUUCCUUCUCAAAUUGUGAGCUUGCAGGAGUGCGACAAGAUCCAUUCAUUUGAACUUGCAUAUGUUUUGGUUCAAUCGGGAGAAAUGAGGCAAAUAUGCACUUGUUGCAGUGAAAUAUUUGAUGAUUUAAUUUACUGGGUGUUGAUGAGUUUAUGUUGGGAA